AUGGUGCGUACGUUGAGCGUAGUUUCGAUAGGCUUGUGCUGGCUGCUGCUGGCCGGAGCCGAGCGGCCUCCAUUCAGGAACGUUGGAAUAAAUGGGGACGAUGAGCUGCUAGGGCAGCCGGUGGAUCUAGACGCGGCCAGUGAAGUGAUCACCGGUGUGGCCCCGGUUCAGGCUGUGGACGAAACCUACCGCCUACCGAAGACCUCAGUCCCGCUGCACUAUGACUUGCAUCUGCGCACGGACAUUCACCGCAACGAGCGAACGUUCACGGGAUCCGUCGCUAUCAAGCUGCAGGUGUUGGAGACUACCGAUAAGCUGGUGUUGCACAACCGCGGCCUUAGCAUCUUGACGGCCAAGGUUUCGUCCCUACCGAACGGUGUCGAAGGAGCGCCCACGCUGAUCGGAGACGCCACCUUCAGCCUGGAUACGCGUGUGGAACAUCUGACGUUUACCAGCCCGACUAUCCUGCAGACCGGGUUCUAUCUGCUGGAGGUUACGUUCGAGGGACGCCUAACCACCAACGAUGACGGGUUCUAUGUGUCAUCGUACGUGAACGACGCUGGUGAGCGCAGAUAUCUGGCGACUACACAGUUCGAGUCGACCAGUGCCCGCAUGGCGUUCCCGUGCUACGACGAACCGGCACUAAAGGCCACAUUCACCGUGUCGAUCACCCACUCCCGGACUUACUUCGCCAUCUCGAACAUGCCGGUCGCUACCACCACCGACGUAGAGACGGAUAUGCGAACCACCCAGUUCAAUCCGACGCCCGCCAUGUCCAGCUACCUGCUGGCAUUCGUUGUGUCCGACUUCCUGUACCGCCAGUCCGGAACGCAGCGCGUCUACGCUCGUCCGAAUGUAUUCAACGAGAUCCCCUUCGCCCUGGAGGCGGGUGUCAAAAUCCUGAAAGCUCUGGACGACUACCUUGGCAUCGAGUACGCCAGCGUUAUGCCGAAGAUGGACCAAAUCGCCGUGCCCGACUUUGCGGCAGGUGCCAUGGAGAACUGGGGCUUGGUGACGUACAGAGAACAAUUAUUAUUGUUCAACCCAGCCGUGAGCACUUAUCGCACCAAAACCGGCAUCGCGACCACCAUUGCGCACGAGUAUGCGCACCAGUGGUUCGGCGACUUGGUCAGUCCUGAAUGGUGGGAGUACAUCUGGUUGAAUGAAGGCUUUGCCACGCUGUACGAGUACUAUGCGACGGAUCUCGCCUACCCGGGUGAGGAGUACUGGGAGCUGUUCAACACGCAGGUCAUUCAGGCCGCCAUGGUCCCCGACGGUCAGGCAUCUACCCGACCGAUGAACUGGAAUGCGGCGACUCCGGGCGAAAUUUCGGCCCUGUUUGAUCGCGUUGCCUACCCGAAGUCGGGAAGCGUACUGAACAUGAUGCGUGUCGUUUUGGGUGAUGACAACUGGCGGGCCGGUUUGAAGAUCUACCUCGAAGCCCGUGCGUUAAAGGAAGCGAAUGAUGAACAGCUAUACAGUGGUCUGCAGGAUGCCAUCGAAGGCAAGAAUGUACUGCCCGCUGGAGUGACUGUGGCGCAGAUCAUGCGUACCUGGACGACGGAGGCCGGCUAUCCGGUGCUGAACGUGCGCCGAUCGUACGAUACGGGCGAUGUCAUUAUCUCGCAGGAGCGUUUCUACUCCGACCGCAAGGUGCCGAACGAGAACAUCUGGAUGAUCCCGUACAACAUGGUGAACCAGGCUCGGGCAGACUUUAACGAGUUCGAUGACUUCCAGUGGUUGGCCAGUAAGGCCGCCCGUAUCCAGACGACCGUGCCCGCGACCGAGUGGAUCAUUUUCAACAAGCAACAGGUUGGCUACUACCGGGUGAACUAUGACGAACGUAACUGGGAGUUGAUCACCAACGCGCUGAUCGCGAACUGGGCCAGCGUGCACCGACUGAACAGGGCGCAGCUGAUCGAUGACGCGUAUUGGCUCGCUCGGUCCGGUCGGCUCGAUAUGCGCAUCACCCUGCGCCUGUUGACCUACCUGCGGAACGAGCAAGAGUACGCCCCGUGGACGGCAGCCAAUGUGGUGUUGUCGUACUUCAACAGCCGCCUGCGAGGCACGGCCCAAUACCACGAUUUCUUGCAGUUCGUGGAUGCGCUGAUCGAGAACGUCUAUAGUACGCUAACGAUCGACGCUGUCGCAGCCGACGAAACACUACUGCACAAGUAUCUCAAGCAGACGAUCUCCACCUGGGCGUGCACGAUCGGCUACACUGACUGUCUGACACGGACCGGUGCGCUCCUUAACAGGGAAGCACUUGGUACAGGACCGGCAGUCCCGGCGGACAUUUCAACCGUCACGUACUGCUACGGUAUGCGCAAUGCCGACGAAGCCGUGUACCAGUACAUGUACCGCAAGAUGAUGAACUCGAAGAACUUGGCCGAGCGUACGGCACUGAUCGACUCGUUGGGUUGCUCCUCCAACAAGGAAUACCUACAGGCGUUCCUCCUGACCGCUCUGGGUAAUGGCAACGAGAUUAACUAUAGCCUCACGGAACGUCGCCGUGUCGUGCAGGCCGUCUACUCGGGAAGCCGUGUCGGCGUAGACGCAUUGAUCGAGUUCCUCAUGGAGGGCACGUACACCAACGAUUUUGUCAGCCAGCUUGGUUCGUCAACGCUCACCUCGGCACUGUCCGGCAUCGCGUCCCGUUCCAACAAUGUAGAGGAACUGAACAAGCUCAACACGCUUAUCACGGCACUCGGUGACAGGGUUACCGCACAGACGGCGACCAACCUGCGCAACUCGGUUCAAACUAACAUCGCCUGGACGGAAGGAUUCGAGGGUCUGAUGUUGACCAGCUUCUUGACCGAGUUCCUGGUCGAGUUGGAGACCACCACGACGGAGGCUCCCACGACCACUACGACAGCUGCUACGACAACAGUAGUUACGACGACCGCUCCGGGGGUGACCACGACGACCGCUGCUCCGGGGGUGACCACGACGACCACCGUUCCAGAAGUGACCACUACCGUCGCACCAGCUACAACCGUGACCACUACCGUCGCGCCAGUCACAACCGUGACCACUACGACGGUAGAGACGACGACCGAGGACGAUGAUGACGGUGGUGCUGCUACAAUCAGUGUCUCAUUGGCCGCGCUCCUGGUUGUGGUCACAGUACAGCUACUAGGAUAAU